AUGGUAAUCGUUGCAUUAUCAUCUUCCCUAUUCUCCUCCUUACCUCCCCACGACCCCACUCCUUCCUCAUCCGCCCCCCCACGUCCGCCUAUCCCCAUUCCCAAGUACCCCCCACCUCGAAAAUCCCAACCCCCACCACCACCAUCAAAUCCCGCCCUCAAAUACCACCGCAACUCCAAAUACUACAAACCCAUCCACCACAACACCGUCAUCCCCUCCGACGGCGACCGCUCCGUCAUCAUCGGAGAAUCCGGCGUCUCCUACCUCCUCCCCGGCGCCCCAUUCGAGUUCCAGUUUAGCUACUCAGAAACUCCCAAAGUGAAACCCUUGGCCAUCCGUGAACCGGCUUUCCUACCGUUUGAGCCUCCGACAAUGCCGAGGCCGUGGACCGGGAAAGCGCCGUUGAAGAAGUCGAAGAAGAAUAUUCCGCUUUUUGAUUCGUUUAAUCCUCCGCCUCCUGGGAUGAAAGGUGUUAAGCAAGUUGAAAUGCCGGGGCCUUUUCCGAUUGGGAAGUAUCCGGAAGAGGGAAUAAGUAGAGAGGAGAUACUCGGGGAGCCUCUUAAGAAGUGGGAGAUACAGAUGCUUGUUAAGCCUAUGGCGUCUGAUAAUCGCCAGGUUAAUCUCGGAAGGGAUGGAUUAACGCACAACAUGUUGGAGUUGAUACAUUCUCAUUGGAAGCGUCGUCGCGUCUGUAAAGUUCGUUGUAAAGGUGUUCCCACGGUUGAUAUGGAUAAUGUUUGCCGCCAUAUUGAGGAGAAAGCAGGAGGGAAAAUAAUUCAUCGAGUUGGUGGCAUAGUUUAUCUUUUCCGUGGAAGAAAUUACAACUACCGUACUCGUCCACAGUAUCCAGUGAUGCUCUGGAAGCCAGCUGCUCCUGUAUAUCCAAAACUUAUACAAGAUGCUCCAGAAGGAUUAACAAAAGCUGAAGCAGAUAAAUUACGGAAGAAAGGGAAAAGUCUGUUGCCAAUAUGUAAAUUAGCCAAAAAUGGAGUAUACACAACACUUGUAAAGGAUGUAAGAGAUGCUUUUGAAGGAAGCCAUUUGGUGAAGAUUGACUGCAAAGGAUUGGAUCCUAGUGAUUACAAGAAAUUAGGUGCCAAGCUGAAGGAUUUGGUUCCUUGUGUGCUAUUGUCUUUUGAUGAUGAACAAGUAUUGAUUUGGAGGGGCAAAGACUGGAAAUCAAUGUACGCAAAAGCUCCAGUUUUCGUUACAAGGAAUUUGGACAAUACAGGCAUGGGCAACACGGUCAACUCAAGCCCAAAAAUGUUAUCUCUGUGGAAGAGUGCGAUUGAGUCGAACAAAGCUUUGUUGCUAGAAGAAUUUAAUCUUGGACCUGAUGCUCUCUUGGAGAAGGUAGAAGAAUUUGAGGGUAUUUCACAGGCCACAGAGCACUCCCAUCCAGCAUUUAUUUCUUCCAGUGAAGAUGCUUUUGAAGGUUCAAUUGAAGAAGGUGGUACAGAAGACAACUAUUCAAAUGAAGAAGGCCUAGAUGAUGUUGAUGAUUAUGAUAGCAACAAUGAUGAUGAAGAUGAUUAUGAUUACUACAACGAUGACGAACACGAUGAGUUUAACGAUAUAGUGGUUACAUCUGCUCAACCUGGAUCGCUGCCAAUUGAUUCGCUUGUUGAUAAGCUCAAACUAAGACAAAAGGAGUAA